CCUUCCUCAUCUUCGUUCAUUCGAUCUUCACCGGCUUCACCAGUCGACUCUCUUACUGCUUAAAAAAGAUUGAAAAUUCUAGACGGCUGAUCUCAGAGAGUUGAGAAGAGCUCGUCUCUUUCUUGCUCUUGAAUCUAUAUGUCUCGGACGUUCACUAUGCGGCACCAACGUCUAGCUGCGGCUGCCUUGCCGGUGCUCCUUGCCCUCGUGUCUCCGGCCGCUGCUCAUUCACACCAUGACGAACUCACAGAGGAGCAGGCCCAUGCGCCUAUUGAUUCUAUUCUGUACAUGCACAUCUUCCUUCAGGCUGCGGUCUGGGGUGUCCUGUUCCCGACCGGUAUGGUGCUUGGAAUCUCAAGAAGUCGGUGGCAUGUCCCUUUGCAGAGCGCAGGCUUUGCGUUGACCAUCGCCGGCUACAUCCUCGGGCAUGCACACGGCGGCCGUGCUUUCCUCGCCGGGGUUCACGGCAUCAUGGCGAACAUCAUGCUCGCUCCUAUCGCACUCCAGCUCAUCCUAGGGAUCUAUCUCAAGCUGCACAUCCAUGAACUGUCCUUACGCCCAUGGGCAGUGCGUGCACACGGUGUCGUGGGCAAGGCCUAUCCGAUUAUUGGCUGGACACAAAUGCUCUUCGGCGCAAUUACUGUCAGGGGAUACUGUCGGGGUGACCAUCUGGGGCAAUGUCUUGCGCACUACAUCAUGGGGAGCGGGUUCAUUGCAUAUGGCACUAUUAUGGCGAUACUGCUCCUUGUGGGUGAGAAUUGGGUAAGGCGGAGUGGGCGGAGUCCGGAGUGGUGGGACUCGUGGGUCAUCAUGCUUUGGGGUAUUGUCAAUACGUUUACCGAGCACCGAGGGUCAGUCUGGUCCGUCAAGGACAUGCAGCAUACCAUCCUAGGGGUACUCUGGUGGACAGGAGGGGGGCUAGGCAUCUUUCUGUCUCGGAACAACCAGCGAUCGGUGUUACCAUCACUAAUAGUCAUCCUCACCGGAUGGGCAAUGUCCGAACACGCUCAAGCGUUGAUGAUAUCCACGAAAGUGCACUCCAUCUUUGGCUACACCCUGAUGCUGGCAGGUGUUGCUCGAAUCAUCGAAGUCUGCUUUAUCGUACCGAAGUUCUACCCGCUCGAUACGGCUGAUGGUGACAGCCACAGCGACCAUACGCUCGCGGACAAUGAAAGGGAGGAAGGAGUCACCCUGGCGUCGGCUGGACGUGCGUUCAGGCAUUUGCCGUCUUUCCUAUUGGUGGCGGCCGGAAUACUGUUCAUGUCCGCAACGGAUGAAGAAAUAGAGUUCGUCAGCGACGAAGGCAUGGACCAUGUCACCUAUGUCCUCAUCAUGUUCAGCAUGUCCUUCAUUCUAUAUUUGUUGAUCGUCUCUCUCAUUCACCUCUACGCCAUGAGUGGGCGCAACGCUGAUGGUGCAACGCAAGAAGCGGAGAACGGCAUCGAGCUUGCGGCAGCGUCAAAGUGGUAUGCUCCUGUGCCCAGUGCGGAUGCUGAUGCGGAGCCGCUUCAUGUGAUUGGGGAUGAUGAAUGAUUUAUAUGCAUGUCUGUUUUAUAUAGUAAUAACAUUGUAACUCGAGAAGCGCCGGCUGUCGCCGGCACCACACCUUGCGACUGGAAAGGCAGGCGCUUGUGAAGUGGAGUGGCGGUACAGGUUUUAUGAGUGGCAGAAAGGGGCAUUAGGCGGCAACGUUUUUAUUUUGUAAGGUAUUCCGAUGUGGAAGUGAGAGGUGGAGAGUCAAAAUGAUAUAGGCCCAGCAGUAUUAUACAUGCU